AUGCUACAUCUGCCUGACCUGCGCAUUUCUGGCAACACGCAGCUCGUUCUCGGUGCUACGGCUUGCGUUGGGGCUAUAGGAAUGAUUAUCUGUGCUUACCUCCGUAAUUCCCGCCUUCCUCCUUCUCCUCCCACUUGGCGGCUUCGGGGACACUUCCUACCCCCUCUCAACGCAUCUCUCACUGUGGCGCGGUGGAUUGACCAGUAUGGCCCCCUGGUUACUAUUCGCUCAGGAAUCCAGGCUACCGUGAUUAUCGGCCGCCACCAAGCCGCGAUGGAUAUAAUGGAGAAGCAGAGUAAAAUACUUGCUGAUCGACCUCACCUUCCUGCUGGAGAAAUUCUUACGCGCGGACUGGACAUCGGUCUGGCACACGCUGGGGACAGGUUCCGUCGGAUGCGUAGAGCACUUCAUACGCAUCUCCAGCCCAAAUUAGCUGAGGCGUAUCAGCCUCUGCAAAUGUCACAAGCUAAGCACGUAAUCGUCAACAUUCUUAACGAUCCACACAACUUUCAGAACCAUGUGGCAGCUUAUGCUGCAACGACGAUCAUGAAAGUUGCAUAUGGGAAGACCACACCAACGACUCGCCAGCUCAUGAAGAGCUUUCGUACAAUCCUGCGCCAUGGUAAUUACUUGGUGGACUCGAUACCGUGGCUCAAAUACCUUCCUUGGUAUGCACCAGAAUUAAAACACCAGUUUGAGAGAACCAGACGACUUCGCACAGACCAGCUGAACCGUGUAAAACUGCACAUGAGCAACGAGGACAUCGGUCCUUCGUUUGCAAAACAUAGUCUAGAAAAUGGGCAACUCUAUGGCCUGACAGAGAUCGAGAUGGCAUACCUUGCUGGCUCGUUAUUUUCAGCUGGAACCGACACGACCUCUGUGGCGAUAUGCACGGUGCUGAUGGCGGCCGCACAUUUCCCCGAAGAGCAAGCUAAAGUCCAGGCCGAACUUGAUGCUGUCAUAGGAAGGGAGCGAGCACCGACCUUUGCCGACAAACCAUCCCUUCCUCGUCUGGAGGCCUUCAUCUCUGAGGCUUUUAGAUGGAGACCGCUGGCUCCUGAAGGUGUGCCUCACCGAACGACUGAAGAUGUUAUUUGGGAAAACUAUUGCAUUCCCGCUGGAACUACGGUAAUCGGCAACCACUGGGCCAUCUCUCGAGAUCCAGAAGUCUAUCCGGAGCCUGAUGCGUUCAAGCCCCAGCGCUGGAUUGACGACCAAGGUGGCUUGAGAGACGAUCUCAAAUUCUUUGUAUUUGGGUUUGGUCGGCGCGUAUGUCCAGGUCAACACGUUGCGAACAGAUCGGUGUUCAUAAAUUCGCUUCUUAUCCUUUGGGCCUUCCAGCUCAGUCUGGAUCCUACGAAGCCGCAGGAUGAUAUGGGGUUCACGAGCGUGAUGAUCCCAAAUGUCCCAUGCACUAUUGAAUUUCAGACGAGGGUUCCAGAAGUGGAACUUAGGCGUAUGAUGCAGAAUUAUCCUGAGGCUGAGUAG